CUAAAAAGUCAAAAAGCAAGUUUUUUACCAACUUCCCAAAACACUACUGUGUGGUGAAGAGAAACACUGAAAUAGGAGACUCCGAACAAAGAGUAUUCCUGCCUUACAUAUAUACACACCUCUCUUUCACAUUCACUCCACCAUCCCAUACAUCUCUCUCUCUCUCCAUAUGAAGAUGAAGAUCAUGAUGAAGGCAAAAUUUCUAAAGGUAUGCCUAAACAAGUGGCAACAGAUGGGCAGUAGAGGGAUGCCUUCUACAGCUAGUUGUGACUGCUGCCUUCAAUGGGGGUUAUGGCCCUCCAUGCAAGAGAAGUCAGUUAUUCCAAGGGAUGUCCCAAAGGGUCACUUGGUAGUGUAUGUAGGUGAAGAUUACAAGAGAUAUGUAAUCAACAUCACUUUGCUCAACCACCCUCUCUUCAAGGCACUUUUGGAUCAAGCCAAGGAAGAGUAUGAUUUCACUGCUGCAUCAAAACUCUGCAUCCCUUGUGAAGAGAACAUCUUCCUCACCGUUCUCCGGUGUGCCGCGUAUCCACAGAAUCGGAGACUCUCUCUGUGCCUUUGAAGGUUCAUUCAUGGAUUCAAGCAGCUCUUGAUAGCGUGUUUUUGUGGGGUUUAACUCUCCUAAUUAAAUUAGGAUGACCAUAUAUAUACAUGUAUAUGUAGCUAUAACAUGUUAUAUAUUUGUCAAUUGUAUUAACUAGUAUUAUGUACUUUUUUUUUUUUUUGGAUAAAUAACUAGUAUUAUGUAUUUUUGAUCUACAUAAUUAUCAAUGUACUUCAAUCCGAGACGAGCAAAAUGCUAUUCUACUCAUUUCUAAUC